UUUAUUCCAGCAGCUAACAUACUUUUCUGUUUAGAGGACUGGUAUCUCCUAUUUAACCACAAAUUGCAAAACAUAAGAUCAAAUAAGAUUAAAUGUCCGGUUUGCUAAAUAGCAGAGCAAGGAAACAAAGGUCAGGAAUUCAGACUCUUACAUCUGAGGAAAGAGAGAGGCAAAGAGAUGACAUUGGAAAUGCCAAUGUCCUUUCAAUGAAAUAGAAAAAGGCUGCUGUAGGCAUCCUCAGAACCUCACCUUUUGUCCAGUGCCACGGAACCACGGAAGGCGCUCUGCUUCUCUAGGAACUGGGGGAAUGCUCCGUAGAGUCAAGGGCAAGUUAUAAUAAAGUGCUCCAUUUGUUUACUUUGGCAAGCGGAAGAUGACUUUACUAAGUGAUACUCUGCUGGGGCCAAAACCACUGGAGUAGGAAAAGGGGGCCCUUCCUGGGGAGAGGCUUCUCAAUCUUCCUGCCCUCAGCAUUGCACUCGGAGCGGCCCUGAGAUGUCAACAAAAGGAUGAUGAACUGAGUCAGCAGUGUUAGCAACUGGCUGAAGUAGAACGGAGCUGCCCAGAAUGCUGCCCUGUCACUGGGGAAUCUCGGGGAGGCUGAAAGAUACUGUUACAGGGAUUGAAGGGCUGGGCUGGCUGGAGGAACGAUGCCAUCGGCAUCUAUGUGGCAAUACUCCAGGACUGCUCUGCCUUUGUCAGGGCAGGCAUCACAGGUGGUUUUCCCUCUAACUAGGGUGGGCGUUGCUCCUUGAGCUUGCCAGUCUCACCUCUCCUCAUGCCAUUGCAUGUCCAAGGCGUGCCCUCAGGGGACAGUGCUGAUCCAGGGUGGCAAACCCAAGUGGGGAGAAAACCCUGAACCGCAUCCUCUCAGAGCUCUGCUGCAGUCGUGACUGUACUGAGGUGCAUGCUCUGAGCAGCAGUCACUGCUGGGGGUGCUUCCCGGCUGGAGUGGGUCUCAGCCAUAACCUGAGGGUCCUCUCUUGGGGAUGCUGCCAGUUAAUUGGCUCAUCUUCAGCCUCUGCCCAAACUUAGGCCUGUAGGUCCAUCAAUUACUAUAUCAGCCUCAAGGACUAAACAGGUGGGAGGAAGGACUAGCGUGAGUGAUGGAAGCAGCGGAGCUGAGGAAUGUGCUGGCACUUGUAAAAACCCAGCAAGAGUGACAUCUGGCUGAAUCUCGGUCAUUCACCUGAGCAUCAAUCAGGGGUUACUCCCAGAUCUGAGCAAUAAGGGAAACUUCCCAUGGCGGGGAAGCCCGCACUUGGGUAGACCUAGGGGAGCCGCCAGAAAGAAAGGAAUUGGCCCUGUAGUUGAUUAAGGUUCAUAGAAAGAAAAACAAAAGCAGAAAAUGAUCAUAGUUUCAGGCACUCCCAAUGAGCCUGUGACCUCCCCCGAAUCCUAUAGCCAAAUACGUGGGUGGCGCUGGCCUCACUUUCCCAUUCUCCCACUUGUGACUUUUGAUUCCACAUCAUGGCUAAGAUCCUUGGCAAACUGGGUUAAACCUUGGAUUUAAAAAUUAAAAUAAAAUAAAAUGAAAAACAGUUGGGGACGGGAAAAUGGUUUCCAAGAAUCUACACUUCUCUGCCCUGAAAUGGAGUGAAUAUUGUGCUCCCCUCAAAAUUCACAUAUUAAAAUCCUAACCCCCAAUAUAAUGGAGCCUUUGGGAGGCUUCAUGAAUGAGAUUAGUGCCUUACAAAAGGGGUCCCAGAGAGCUCUCUCACCUUUUUCCACCAUGUGAGCUUACAACAGGAAGUCAGCAGUGUGCAAACCAGAAGAAAGCCCCAACCAGAACCUGACCAUGCUGCCACCCUGACCUCAGAAUUCCAGCCUCCAAAACUGUGAGAAGUGUUAUGUGGUUUAUAAGGCACCUAGUCUAAAGCACUUUAUUAUAGCACUGACCUGAUUAAAAGACACUCCUGAGGCCCAUUCCUUCGGGAAAGGUCUUGAUUAGCCUUCACCUGGCCCAGUUUGCAAACACACUGAUGUGUGCUUCCCAUAGCAAUCUUCACAUUGCAGCCUGGGAGACAGAGAAGGGGAUUCCAGCCGGAGCAAUCUUCCCAAACAGGCAGUUCCUACUAGCCAAGCUUCUUGUCCUACUUUUGCUCAUUGAAGGUCCCAGCCUGUCCCCUGCCUAAUCCCCUGGCUGAUGGCCUCAGGCUUUGGAGAAUUCCUUUAAGAAUCCCAGUUGGCCUUAUGGAUCCCAAAAUGUACCUGCUCUCCUAGAAGCCCCCUUCUCUAACGACAUCCAGAUUCUGAGCAAGCCAACAGUGCAUGCAUGAGAAUCUUUCAUAAAAUAGGACUAUUUUGUAUACCCUUUGCUUUUUUUUAUGUUAUUUCCCCUCUUCACUCCCCUUGCUUUUAUCUUACCAUACACAUUUGUCACCUCCCUGUCUGGAAAGCCUAGUGUCAGCUCCCUGCCUCUUCACAACUUACAGGAUUGAGUCCAAACUUGCCAGCUUGGCCUUUCAUGGAGUGCAGGUUUAGUACAGGACUGCCAAACACAGUGUCAGAAUGAACCAUUCUCCUGGCCUUUACCAUUGCAAAUAUUUCUCUUUAUUUUAUUUUAUUUUAUUUAGGGAGAGCCGGUAUUUCAUGAGUUGAUGAACUACUUUUCUUACAAACUUGAGAAUUCGUAUUUUUGUUCAAAAUUAGUUUUUACAUUUUGUUUAGAGCCUGUUAAAGAUUGAGGUCCUCUCUCUGCCCCUUCUACUGCUAACCAAACCCAAUAGACACAUGUGAGCAAGUUGUCGCCUGACCCCAAGCUCCAGCCCCUGGAACCAUCUGACACAAAAUGCGUCCUUGUGUUUUCCAGCAAGGAAUUGCCUUGCCUACAAAAAUACUCUGUACUUUACUAUGCAGAUCAAUGAUUAACAGUGGGCUGUACCUUUCACCAGGUUGUAAAAGGACGACUGGGUAGAGCCACAGCAUUCCCUUUGUCAGUGUAGGAAAUGCAGAGGAGGAUGUUACCUCUGGCCACUUGCCUCUAAGACUCCUAACAAAGAUGAGGCAGGCUCCAGCCAGAAGGGUGGGUGACGUGUCCAACUGCCUGAAGGCCACAGGGCCAUGUUGAAUAGGAGAUGAGCAUGGAGAUCACAUGUUAGACCCCAGGAGUUCCAGGGAGACAGUGCUGUCCAGUCCUGGGAUCGAAGAUCAAGAGGGCGGCUCAGUAACACACUGGCCCCAUCACGUGACAGACCAGUCCUUGGAGUGAACUGGGAGACAAGGAGGCUGCUUUGGCGUGGAGCUGAGAACAUCUCCCGAUCUCACUGGAAGGCAGAGAGAAGCUGACAGGGAACCCGCCACAGCCUGUGCCAGGGUGACAUCAGGCUAAAGAGCUCUCCUAUUUAUGGAGGCGAACACUGAGGAUGCUUUCCACAUGAACCCUGAAGUGAACUUCUGAUACAUUUCCUGUAGCAAGAGAAGGCAGCCAACAUGAAGGAAAAUGUGGCAUCUGCAACUGUUUUCACUCUGCUGCUUUUUCUCAACACUUGCCUCCUGAAUGGACAGUCACCUCCUGGGAAACCUGAGAUCUUUAAAUGUCGUUCCCCCAAUAAGGAAACAUUCACCUGCUGGUGGAGGCCUGGGGCAGAUGGAGGACUUCCUACCAAUUAUUCACUGACUUACCACAGGGAAGGAGAGACACUCAUACAUGAAUGUCCAGACUACAUAACUGGUGGCCCCAACUCCUGCCACUUUGGCAAGCAGUAUACCUCCAUGUGGAGGACAUACGUCAUGACAGUCAACGCUACUAAUGAGAUGGGAAGCACUUUCUCGAAUGAACUCUAUGUGGACGUGACUUACAUAGUUCAACCAGACCCUCCUUUGAAUGUGGUUGUGGAAGUAAAACAGCCAGAAGACAAAAAACCCUAUCUGUGGAUUAAAUGGUCUCCACCUACCCUGAUUGACUUAAAAACUGGUUGGUUCACGCUCCUAUACGAAAUUCAAUUAAAACCCGAGAAUGCAGAGGAAUGGGAGACCCAUUUUGCUGGGCAGCAAACAGAGUUUAAGAUUCUCAGCCUACAUCCAGGACAGAAAUAUCUUGUCCAGGUUCGCUGCAAGCCAGACCAUGGAUACUGGAGCUCAUGGAGUCCAGAAUACUCCAUUCAGAUACCUACUGAGUUCACCAUGAAAGAUACAACCGUGUGGAUCUCUGUGGCUGUUCUUUCUGCUGUCAUCUGUUUGAUUAUUGUCUGGGCAGUGGCUUUGAAGGGCUAUAGCAUGGUGACCUGCAUCUUUCCGCCAGUUCCUGGGCCAAAAAUAAAAGGAUUUGAUGCUCAUCUGUUGGAGAAGGGCAAGUCUGAAGAACUACUAAGCGCCCUGGGAUGCCAAGACUUUCCUCCCACUUCUGACUAUGAGGACUUGCUGGUGGAGUAUUUAGAAGUAGAUGACAGUGAGAAUCAGCAUCUAAUGUCAGUCCAUUCGAAAGAACACCCAAGUCAAGGUAUGAAACCCACACACCUGGAUCCUGACACUGACUCAGGCCGGGGGAGCUGUGACAGCCCCUCCCUUUUGUCUGAAAAGUGCGAGGAACCCCGGGCCAGUCCCUCCACAUUCUGUGCUCCUGAGGUCAUUGAGAAGCCAGAGAAUCCUGAAACAACCCACACCUGGGACUCCCAGUGCAGAAGCAUGGAAGGCAAAACCCCCUACUUUCAUGCUGGUGGAUCCAAAUGUUCAACAUGGCCCUUACCACAGCCCAGCCAACACAACCCCAGAUCCUCUUACCACAACAUUGCUGAUGUGUGUGAGCUGGCCGUGGGCCCCGCAGGUGCACCAGCCACUCUGUUGGACAAAGCAGGCAAAGAUGCUUUAAAGUCCUCUCAAAUCAGUAAGGCCAGAGAGGAGGGAAAGGCAGCCCAGCAGAGGGAGGUAGAAAGUUUCCAUUCUAAGACUGACAAAGACACGCACUGGAUGCUGCCCCAGGAGAAAACCUCCUUUGGCUCCACUAAACCCUUGGAUUAUGUGGAGAUUCACAAGAUCAACAAAGAUGGCGCACUAUCAUUGCUACCAAAACGGGGAAAUAACACCAGCCAGCCUGAGAAGCCCAGGGAUCCUGAGAACAGUAAGGAGUAUGCCAAGGUGUCCAGGGUCAUGGAUAACAACAUCCUGGUGUUGGUGCCGGAUCCGCACACUAAAAACGUGGCCUGCUUUGAAGAAUCAGCCAAAGAGGCCCCACCACCACUUGAACAGAAUCAAGCUGAGAAAGGCCUGGCCGACUUCACCGAGACACCAAGCAACUGCAGGCUCCAGCUGGGUGGUUUGGAUUACCUGGAUCCCGCAUGUUUUACACACUCCUUUCAUUGAUAGCUUGACUAAUGGAAUGAUUGGUUAAAAUGUGAUUUUUCUUCAGGUAACACUACAGAGUACAUGAAACGCUCAAGAAUGUAAUCGGACUGACACUACUAAAGCUCCCAGCUCCUUUCGUGCUCCAUUUUCAAACACUUGCCUCUUUCUGCAACAGCUGAUUCUAGAACAAAUCAUUCUGUUUCUUAAAUGUGAUUUGUAGAUUUUCUCUUUGCUAUUAGUUAUAAAAUUGUGUUUGAUGAAAUAAAAGCACACUGCUUAGUAUUCUUGAGGGACAAUGCCAAUGGGUAUAUCCUCUGGAAAAGGCUUUCAUGAUUUGGCAUGGGACAGAUGGAAAUGAAAUUGUCAAAAUUGUUUACCAUAGAAAGAUGACAAAUAGGUGGAAAGUGCCUUGAAAAUUGCUUUUGAAAAAACAAUUAUAUAACCUUUACACUCCUCUUCCAUUUUAUUAGGAUUAUCCAAAUAUAACCAUAUAAAGAAAGAAUACAUUCCAGAACGAAUUGUUUACAUCAGUUCCUAUACCUUACUGACACAUUGCUGACAUGCGAGUCAGAAACGAUGCCUCCAGUUUUUUCUUAAAAUAGUUUAAAUAUGUUAGGCAUGGAUUUUCUUCCCCUGAAUUCUAUUUUAUUCUAAAGCCUCUUUAGAAUAUGGUUUGGAAAUUAAAAUUUUCUUACACAAGGGGCAAAUGAAUUUCAUGUGAAUCCUUUUAGGAUGUUUUCCUGCUUCAUUUCAGCAUGACAGAUAAUUUAUUAUACACCCUAGUCUUUUCUUAGUGAAAAAAAAAUCCCUAAAUACUAACUUUAAAAGAAAACCACAGCAGGAUGUUAAUGUAAUUACUGCCUUACUGUACAUACAAAUUCUACUUUAAUAUAAGCCCAUAAGUUUAACAAUGUAUUUUUGAAGACUAUUUUUCUAUCACUUAGGUAAAAUAAAAGACUAUUUUCUAUUUUCCCAGUACAGCUGUUUAUGUAUUCAGCAGGUACAGUAUUUUUCUGCUCCAAGGUUAUAAUGUGUAUUUACACUACAUAGUAGUAUAUGCAUUUCCUGUUUGUGGCGUAAAAUGCCAUACCAACCUAAAGCCCACUGUGAAAUAUAAAGUGAAUGACAAAAUUCCGUUUUCAACACAAUAUAGUAUAGUUUACCUGAUUGUUUUAAUCUCCAGGACGCUUUAAGCAACAACUACCAACAACAACCACCUAGGGAUUUAGAAUUCUUCACAGACCAGAAAUUAUUUCUCCUUUGAGUUUAAGGCUCCUUUGGGACUCCUGCUCAUCAAUGGCUGAAUCUUCCUAAAGCUACCAUAAAAAGGGAGACUGAUGAUUUCUAACAGCUGUUUGAAAGAGAGAGGCUUUGUUUUUGUGAGAAAUCUUGGACAGCAAAAUAAUAUUUUUAAGCAAAGCCAGGAGUCAGUGUCUCUCUGAAGUAAAUUCAUCUGCAAAAUCUUGGCAGACGCAGAAACAGAGCUCAUAUCAGAAGUGUCCAAAUAAAAGUUCUAGGAAACUAGGUAUUUGUAGAGCAAUGGGCACAGUUCCAAAGGUCAGAGCACAGUAGUGAGAUUUCCUAGUCAGUUCCAAUGCCAGGCUUCCUGAAAGAUGUCAAAGCUUGGAUUUUCAUUUUAAAGGACGCAUCCAUGACUCAUCUAACACCCUCCCUCUCUUUUUCCCUUCACUUGAUGGCAAAUCUAUUCUAUAUGUCCACUUACCAGCUGGACAUAGAGAACUUGAUCUCACCUCUGGGAUUUAAAUAUUCCACCCCAACUCGCCCAGAUUGAUAGCAUCUGGACUCAGAGGUCCCCCUCCUGUUAGAAAGUGAACACGUUGCCAGCGUUUUGGGAACGGCAAAAGCAAUUGACAUGAAGCUCUAUUUUCCUAAUAUAUAAACAAUAUCAUGUGAGUAAGGGAAGCAUGUGGGAAAGUUGUCCAAGCUCAUUCAGUCCCCCAGAUCCUCAAUUCUUACACUGUCUGAGAACCAACUGCAUAGGCAUCACCUGGGCAGUGUUUGAAAAUUCCAUUUGUAGAAUCUUAGGCCCUACCUCUAACCUAAAGAAUCAGAAUCUGCAUUUUACUAAGAUCCCCAAAUGAUUCAAGUGCACACUGAAGUUUGAGAAUCACUGUUCUAGAUAACCAUUUCUACUAAAGGUUGUUUUAGUGCAUAGAAACAAUCCUCUUUUGGAAAAGACAGAUCAAGUCUGUUUGACUUGCAGUGAACAACACUGCAUGUACGAUGGCAAAAAAAAAGAAACAUAUCAAUGAUUUAAGAUUCACGUUAUGCUGAAUCUUCUGUGAAUUCACAUAAAAGAAUGACAUGCAAAAGUACACAUAUGUUCUGAAAGACCAAGGAACAUAUUCUACCUUGAGAAGCAUUGACCAAAGAUGGUUACCCUCAAAGCCAAUCAGACUAAAUCUUUCCUAACAUAAUAUAUUCUUCUCUAAGAAUAUAGAAGAUAUAUGUCAGUCACUCUUAUAGUUUGAAAACCUAAACAUAAAAGUAGUCUGCUUUUGACAUAUAAUUUUGUAUAAUACAUAUGAACAAAUGUUACAGCUAAGGAAUUAAAUCCCUAAAAAAUACCAAUUAGCCACUCAUUAAGUCAAAACUUUAAUUCUGUGAUCAAUUAGCAAGCUAUAUGAAUUAAGGUUUUUUGUGGUCUAACAAGAAUUUUUCUGUGGUCUAUCAAGGAGAUAGCUGUUCACAUGGAAGGAUACAUAGGGGGCAGAGGAUGAUCAAGAGACCUAGAUUCUGAUCUUAACUGCUUUGCCUUGGAGAGAUUAAUUCCGCUCUCUAAGCCUGUUUCCUCUGAAGAUGUUGGACCAAAUAAUCUCUAAGGUCCUUUGUAACUGACUCCUUGAUUCCAUAACUCACUGAAUGUUUUUCUGCAAAGAUAAUUCCAACCAAUGCCUUCUAACUUAAUUAACCUAACAAAAAAUUGCUCUUCAUCACAGAAAUACAAAGUAAUCUUCAGUGAUGUGCUCCUUAUACUUUGCUUUCUAAAUCAUCACUUCCACUUGAUCUUAAUAUAUUGCACUGCAUUUUAUAAGUGAUACGUGUGCAGAAUCAUAUUCAAAUAUUAUGUGCAAAUAUAUGUGUAGAAAGAAGAGGCAUUUUAAAAAGGCAUGAGAUUGAAAAGAGACAUAUUGAAUGAGGCAUUAAGCUUUAGGAAAAUGAUCUUUUACUGAAUCAAGUCAUGCUCAUUCCUUGCUGAAUCCAACAGCCCCAAAUUCCUUUUCUUAUAUCUAGCUGUUAAUUAUUUUUCUCUCAUCAUCCGAGAUUAACAACCAUUGCACAGUUGGCUUAAGGAUCCUUACACUCUGAGUUAUAAAAAGUUGCAUUUUUAUAAACAAAAAUGUAAAUAAUCAAGUUUUAAGGCACAUGGAAACUGAAUCUAGUCAGUGGGUGAUUUGUGUAGCUUACAACCCAAAUAGCAAAAUGUUCCAAUUCAUUCUAACAGAUAUGUAUAAGCACAAGUUAGUAUCAGCCAUGCCAGAUAUUAACAGACCCUACAUUUAUUAGCUGUUUAACAGACUCUACAUUUUCCUAAGUGCCUAAAACCAAUCCUGGUAGUCACUUAAGUGCAAAAGGCUCGUUUUAACUGGCUUGGUCCAAAGGAGUCAAUCCUUUACUGCCUGUACAAGAUCUGGACAGUUUUGCUCUUUGUCUCGUGAUGUGCCAGCUGAAUGUGAAAAGCCUGUGAGUGAUUGAGCAACCAGGCGCCCCUGCAUUCCAAGGAGCAGUUUGGCUCUGGGGAAACUCUGACUUUCUCUUUCCUGAAGUGUCCACCACUGCCCAUCAUUUGCAGAAAGACUUGGCCCUGCCUUUAGCAACUUCCCUAUCUCCUUAGAGUAGACAAGAAAGAAACAGAUUUGUGCACAUUUUACAAAGUGCCUUCCUCUAGUUUUUUUUUUUUAAGUUUUCAUUUUGCAAGGAAAAAUGUGUUGAUUAGAAAGUAGCAUUUGCCUUUAUAGGGAUAUAUAAAGAGAGAGAUAGAUAUACAGAUAUAUGAAUGAAUGGAGAGAUGAGAAGAAGCCAGAAAGGGCACAACAAAAUGGUCUAAGGGCCAACCAGCAAAUGUUCAGUGAAUGUUUAUGUUUUUUUUAAUUGAAUCAACACAGAGCUAUUGUGAAUGUGUGACUUACUUUGCCUGAUAAGAAAUUGAGUCUGACUGUGAUUUUGGGAUAAACCUGCCACCCUGUGAUUUAAGACUCUCCAUACUAAAACAUACUGAUACAUUUUUGAAUGUCAUUGGCUCACAUGCCUAAACCUGAAGAGAACAAUGCCUGCACAUUGGAACUUUGCACAUAGACGGAAAAAUAUAAAUAACUUUGAAUUACCAUCCCAAGUGUUGCUAACAUAGAUGUGCCAUUGACGAAAGUCUCACGUGUACUUGAGUGAACAAAUUUCGUUUUCUACCUUUUUGUCUCAAGCACAAUAAUGCUGCCACUAAGACAGUGACUGAGCACUCGAUGUCCAAGACUAAAUCGCAUCACCACCACUAAGCAGAUGUAAGUCCCUGGAUGAGUCUUUUAAACUCUGGCCAUUAGGUUCCUUACUUGUUAAAUAGGUGGGUUGGCCUAAAAGGUUUCUAAGACCUCUGUCAGUUCUGUCUUUGAUUCUCAUUAUCUAGGUAAAAUCCAGGGUUUCAGGUCAAAGUCCUAAGUGCAGUGGAAGAAAGCCUUGCCGACAUGCCCUUGGCCUGAAGCCAUGAACACGUGAGACUGUGUAACAAUAUUUAACAGAAAAACAGAGAUCUGUUCCUCCAAGUCAGAUUGAUAUAACAUCUUUGCUUUUCCUUUUUCUUCCAAGCUUUACAUAUUUGUAGGGUUUUUACUCCUUCUCCAGAGCCUACUAUUUUUCCUCAGAGUAGCAACCAUAGAAUCCACAAGAAAUGAAAUUAUUCAUAAGCAAUGACUUUGGCACUACAAAAGACUGAGUCAGAGUUUAAAUCAGUUCCACAGAUCUCCAAGCCCAAGUUGAGGAUCAUAAGUAUACCCCAUUUAAAGAUUUGCAUGCUUAGAGACUAAGCCCAUGUUCAUUAAUUAUUUAGUUAAUUCAAAGGCCAUUUAUAAAUCCAUGCCCAGCCUGAGCAACAUAGUAAGACCCAGUCUUUACAAAAAUUUUUAAAAUUCCAGCCAUAGUGACCCAUACCUGUAGUCCUAGCCACUUGGGAAGCUGAGGCCAGAGGAUUGCUUGAGCCCAGGAGGUUGAGGCUGCAGUGAACCGUGAUUGUGUCACUGCACUUCAGCCUUAAAGAGCAAGACCUUGUCUCAAUAAAUAAAUAAAUCUAAGCUAUGUUGAUGACUAGAUACUGGAGGUCUUAAGGGAAAGCUUUAAAAAUACAGAGUGAUUGCUUCAGAGAAAUCCUAUUUAUAAUUAUGAUCUGAACUUAUUCUAUGAUUAGCAAAUAUAUCAUCCAAAAAUACAACAGGAGUUCUCACCCCAGACUUUUAUUUUGCAGGAUGGUGACUUUUGGUCUGGCAACCUCAUGACACCCAUUUCAAUAAAAGGAAAAGGACAAUAAAAUAGGAGAUAGGAAGUUUCCAGAGAUUUGGGCAUCUCAGGAUUCCAUGAAAUGCUGAGACUAACCCACUAAAUCCAAUUUUUAUUGGACAUGGUAAAUCUAAAUCUGUUCAGUGUUUUGAGUUUAUGUCUAAGAGAGGUACAUAAUUCACAACACUAUAAUGCUGGUGGCUGUUUUGUCCACACCAAUUCCUUUGAUUUAACGCUCUGAUUUCAAUUUAGAAAAUAUUGAGACAUGCAAAGUCUCAAAAUAGGAAAAACCUAUUCUGUUUAUAAGAUGUGGUCAAUAAAUAGACCACAGAUAAUCUCAAUUAACAUUCUACUUGCUGCCGAUUAAAAAGAAAAAAACUUCAGCAACUGAAGUAGGAAUAUAAAAAACAAACUUUAAUAGUUAUGGUCAAAUUAUGCUUCACUUGGAUAAAACUCAAAAUGUAGUCUGAGGUUUUUUUGUGCACAUUUUGCAAAUCCUGGGGGAAACAUCUUUUUAUCAUGUUAUCUGAAAAACUGUAUGGCAAAGAUACCUCUGAAAAACAAUUUGUUUUAUAAAAUUCCUGAAAAGACAAUUUUGAAUUUUUAAAAUUAACUACUUCCCCUUUGUGUCCUAAUGUCCUUCCUUCAAAGCUGCUUAUAGUUUAGAAAUGAAAGGUGUCACGUCUCAUGCUUUGAUUGCUUUUCAGUGGCAUGUUUGAUAUAUUUGCCAAGUGGCAUUUCUGACUUUACAGUAACUGUUACAUUAUUUUGUACUAUAUUGCUUUAUGUGGUUCUAAAAUAGUUUACACCACAUUGAAAUAUGUAAUCCUCAUGUUGUGAAACUCAUCAUGUAAUACAAAUGAAAAUCAUUACUUAAUAACGUACAAUCUAUUCGUAUGUAAUUUCAAUAUGAUUGUGUCUAUGACUGUAAAACAAACUGAAAAAAUAUGUAAUAUAUUUCUGUUGAAACCAUGAAUGUACUAAUUUUUUUCUCAAUCUUUGUCUAGAAGCAGGAUUCUAUGUCAUUCAUUGUACAGCUGCUCUGGGGUAUUACACGUUUAAAGUACAAUCCAACAGUUGUUUAAAAGUCAGCCUCUUGGCUUUGUUUCAUGUGACUGCUGAUGCCUCAUGAGUGUUCUUUGCAUAAUGAGGCUUGCUUUUGUGCUUCAUCAUUCAUUGUAAAUAAUUGAAGAGUCUCAUUGGAAACCAAAACAAUCUAGAACCAGCCUGUUGGGUGACUGUGUCUUCUGUAAGCCAUAUUGAAGUGAAGCUAUAUGUAACAGCCUAAGAUUCCAUAUUUUCAAAGCUAGCACUACCUCUGCUUUUCCUCUUUCCCUAGAAAAUGCCAAGCAAAAUUCCCCAACACUAAGUGAGACAUUAGAAGUCACUGUUAUAAUUAAAUUGCUGGGGUUGUUUUUGUUUUGGCUUUUUUACACCUUCUAAGUCACCAUUUUGCAGGCUUAUGCAAGUUUCUGAAUAACCAUUCUUACAUUUUUACAUUUUAUAAAAACUGGCUGCAAGAGGCUGCACAAGCAUGUGUAGUAAGUCAUCAGAUGAAAAACCCACAGAACAGUAGGCUGCAGGUUUUUUCCUAACUGUAAGUCACCUUCUAGUUGUCCAAAGCCAUGAUAAUGAUGUCUCUUACAAAUUGACUUCUGUAACCCCCCUAGAAAUAACUCUCUUCCUUAUUUGAUUUUAGCCAUCGAACAUAGUAUGAUAUAGGAAAAGUCAGCCAUUUACCAGGAAUAAUCUUGUUUUGAUUUUAAAAACUCAUUUAUAUAUGUAAUUAUUGUAAUGUCUAUUUUUUAGACUUAAUUAUAGAAGAUUAUAGUCAUCUGAUUUGUUAUUUUGCAUUUUUCAUUCUGUAAAUCUUUGCUUAUGGCACAUUGUGCUGUCUGUUUUCCAUGGUCUUAUUCAUUUGUCUCCUUCUAUUCUGAGGGAACGACAUGAGUAGUUAAAUCUUUGUCAAUAGUAUGGGAUAUAACGCUAGUGUUAUUAUCGUAACAUCUUCAUUUUUACUGCAUGCCAAAAACAGUGCUUGCCAAACAAAAAUCUUAGACAUCCCAAUACAAUAUGUUCAUUAUAUUCCUAUUCACAUAAUUAUUGAAAAUACCCAGCUCAGUGCCUGGCUCAAUAAAUGUUUAAUUCCCUUACCUACGCUUGCUCUAUUUUUUUAUUUGAAAUGGAGAUGAGCAAAAUAAUGUAAGCAUGGUCGAAGCAAUUUUUUGGACAUUUCUUGCUGCUAAAAGAUCUAUAAUCAGGACAUUGUUUAUGUAAGUUGGACAAAAAAAAAUUCUUCCUCUUUAUGUCCACCCUUCCAUAUGAUUGCAAGACAAAAUUUCCCUCCUUUACCUCAUCCCUGUAACGUGGGAGGCUGAGAAAAAUGAGGGGAGAUGGAACCAGAUACAAGGAGAUUCAAUAAGAGAAGCUUAUUUAAAUAUUGUGAAAUAAAGAAAGAGCCAAACCAUUUUUUAAAGUGGGGAAUCCUUUUGAACAGUUAUUAUUUAUCCAUAUUAUUAACGCCUUUUCUGACAAAAUUCUUCAGAUGAAGUGUAAAUGGAUAAUCUUUUACUUUUAAUGGAUCUAGACCUAGAAAAUUUUGCUUACUGUUCAUGUUUGUACUGCAGAAUUGUGAAAUGGUGUGUGGUUUUGCUUUACAAGUUCUUCUCUGCUUCCUCUUAAUUCUCUAAUGCCAUGUCUUACAGAAUAAUGAGAAAUUUCUUUCUUACUUGAGUAUCACGCUCUAAAAACUUGGCUUCAGUCAAAGAAAUGCUAGCUUUCCUGUGCUUAUAUUGAAGCCAACUGCCUUGAAUUCUUGGGCCCUCUUAUAUUUUUAAGGUACAAAAUUUGAAAUCUUAGUCACUAGUCACAAGAUGCAUACAAUUAAUGAUGAGCUGGAGGAGUAAUAUGUAGCUAAUUUUUCAAAAGUAUUGAAUGUACUUUCCCAACAGAAAACAGAAAUUAAAUAUUGCCACAUUUUGCCGGAAUCCCAUCUGAAACCUUAACCUUGUCAGAUUUCCUACAACUUACUAAUCAAGUUUUAUACAUUCUAAAUCUCCCCAGUUUUGGGGGGUCUGGAAGAUGCAACUUCCAUUUCCAUAGAAAUUUGCAAAUCUUGGGGUAAGGGAGCAGUGGGGGUACUAGGGAGAAGGGUAAAAUAUAGGAUUAUUGAAAAGUCCCCAAGAGGGACCUUCCUGACCAGAAUAUGCAGAUAAUUCCUGCUGGCUUUAACCUUUGAAAGUCCCUUGAAACCAUCCAGAUGAAACUGAGCCUGUUUUUUGAUAUUGUCAGAUGUAUUCUACUUUGAAGUUUCCAGCACCUAAACUGGAAUUCUUUUAUUUACAUCCCCUCCACUGUCCCCCACACCACCCCUCAAUUCCUGCUGCCCCUGCUAAUGUUAAGCAUUUUUCUCCUGUUAUGAUCAGGUUCACAUUAAAACAGAUACUUACAAACUGACUUGAAGCACAGAUACUUUUAUGAAUGUGAUAAAAUAUUUUCUUGAGAAAAGGAAAGAGGACGUCAAAUAAAACACCGUGUGGAUGUUGAUUAGUGAACAUUGGUGUAAGAAAAAGGAGCUCAGGAAUUUUUAUUACUGUAUUUAUAAACGAAUUUGAAAGAAUUUGUAAAUGCCACUGGUACAUUUUUAAGGUGACACAUUUGCUCCUUAUAACGUUAUUAAAAAUUAUAGGGUAAGCUUAAAUGAUGUUUGCCAGUAGUUUUACUUUACAUAAUCAAUAUUGAUAUUGUUGCUGAACUAUGUGACUUUAUGAUGCAUUUUUCAGUCCUUUUUCAGAGAAAAUGCUUUUGCAAUGGUAGCAAUGUUUAGUUUAAAUUGACUUAAUAAAUUAUUACCUGAGCAAUGA